AUGGCAACAACAGCAGUUGGGGUAGGAGGAGGAGUGUUGCUUGGAAACAGUAUAUGCUUCCACAAAACACAGCAGUUUUCCAUUUCGAAGAGUAGUCCGGUUUCGGUUUCAGAGAUAGGGUUUGUUACUUCUCAAUUGAGCGGGAUCAAAAUUUCCUACAACCCACCAAAACCACUCUCUGCUCCUUUCACUCCCGCUCUCCAACCUGUCCUGGCCCGUAGAAUUUGUCCCUUUACAGGGAAGAAAGCCAACAGGGCAAACAAAGUUUCCUUUUCAAACCACAAGACCAAGAAGUUGCAGUUUGUCAACCUGCAGUACAAGAGGGUGUGGUGGGAAGCUGGCAAGCGCUUUGUCAAGCUGCGAUUGUCAACCAAAGCGUUAAAGACUAUAGAGAAGAACGGACUAGAUGCUGUUGCUAAGAAGGCUGGCAUAGAUCUUCGCAAGGAGUAA